AUGCGCAGUGGUGUUUCCAUCCCAGCCGCUGUAAACAUGGCUGGCGUAGGCUUUCGGAAAGUGGUCCGAGCGCUAACAAAAAGCAAAGGAUCCGGGUUCUCUGCGCUCCUGUCCGGAUGUAGAGCAGCCUCUGGACCGGCUAAAGGUUCUCUCCCAGGUCCAUUCCCUCAGACCCCAGAGGAAAGAGCUGCAGCUGCCAAGAAGUACAACAUGAGAGUGGAGGAUUACGAGCCAUAUCCCGACAAAGGCGAGGGUUAUGGAGAUUAUCCCAAGCUUCCGGACAGAUCUCAACACGAGAGAGACCCCUGGUACAAGUGGGACCAUCCAGACCUGAGGAGGAACUGGGGAGAGCCGAUGCACUGGGACUUUGACAUGUACAUUCGUAACCGUGUGGACACUUCUCCCACUGUCGUUCCCUGGUCGUCCAUGUGUAAGCAGCUCUUUGGCUUCAUCGGCUUCAUGCUCUUCAUGUUUUAUCUCGGCGAGAAGUUUCCGGCUUAUCAACCUGUGGCCCCCAAACAGUAUCCCUUCAACAACCUGCACCUGGAGAAGGGAGGAGACCCAGAGAAGGAGCCAGAGGAUGUCAAGAACUUCGAGAUCUGA